AUGAACCAUCUUACACAAAUUAAUGAACACGAUAGUACACCUAAGAACGUUUUUAAUAUUAUUGAUGAUGAAGAUGUUCAGAUUUAUAUGCAUAACUUCUACAAGUUUUUUUUUAAUGGCGAUUUAGGGGCUCCAGUUCAUGAAAAGCUACAAAAGAGUGCUAAAGUACUAGCAUUUCGUGAAUGUGGAAUUUGGACUGCAGAGGUUGCAGCUGAAUAUCCAAAUUCAGAAUUUUAUGCGGUUGAUUCUAUCAUACUGGAUUCUAGAAAUGAAUUUAAUAAUAUUACAUUUAUUGAAUGUGAUGAUUUUAAAAAGAUACCAUUCCCAGAUAAUGAAUUUGACUAUGUUUUUACUAGAGAUAAUUUUUUAUAUUUAGAAAAAACAACGCUUCAAGAAGGUUUAUCUGAGCUAUUUAGAGUAUUAAGGCCAGGAGGUUGGUUAGAGGUUAUAAACUCGCGUCAGACGGACCUUGCUCCUGGACUAAUGUAUACAGGAUUAGUCAACGCAUGGAGAUCGUAUCUCGAGACACAAAAUAUUGAUUCUGAUAUAUUGAACAACUUUGAAAAUUACCUUCAUGAGACUGGAAAAAUCGAUUAUAUGUCGUAUCGAAUAAUAAAACCACAGGCCAAGAAUGCUUCUGAAGAAGUUUUUAUUGAUUUUUUUCUCAUGUUUUUUAGAAAUGCGAGAGAUGUGUUGGCUUCUUUUAUGAACAUUUCAUUUGAAGAAUAUGAUGUCUUGAUGAAUAAUAUUGAAAAAGAACUAGAAGCUAAAGGUAACAGAAUGACAUUGUUACAUAAAAAAGUACUUGCAAGAAAGAAGUACACGCAUUCUAAAGAAACUGAAAUUACCAUACCGGAUCUAAGCACUAAAUAA